AAAAUUACUUGCUCUUGUUGACAUAAGUGAAAUGCGUUCAGAUUUUUGUAGAAUUUAUUUUAUUGAAGCGAAUAAUAAUUUCUGUGGUAUAUAUUCGUUUUCUCUCAAAGCAGUGUUUCUAUUUUUUUCAAAAUGCUGGUUUCUAAUGUUUUAAAAAUUGAAAACGGUAUUACAAGUCUCACCGUCAUACCCCAUCUGUGUCACCUAUGUCGAAAAGCCUUUACUAAGAGUUCUGAUCUUGCAGAUCAUCUUCUGAGCCAUGGAUUAAAACUAGAACAGGAUCCUGAAAUCGUAACCCCUGAUGCAUCUUCUCAACCUGAUGAUGAAAACGCUUCGAAGCCAUUCGUAUGCAACUUAUGUCAGAGGCGAUUUACUAGUAAAGCGUACCUUUUGAAACAUCAAUUACUACAUGAAGGAGAAAAACCUUACUCAUGCGAUGUUUGCGACAGAGGCUUCAGUCACAAAUCUAAUCUCCAAAAGCACUAUCUUAUCCACAAUCCUCAGAAAGCUAAGCGCUAUGAAUGCGAAAUCUGCGGGAAGGAUUUCACAUCUAAAGCGUAUCUCAAAAAACAUAACCUGAUUCACACAGGCCAAAAACCGCAUACCUGUAACAUAUGCUUAAAGGCUUUUACUCUGAAAACUAAUCUUCAAAAGCAUUAUUUAACUCAUACUAAUAACAAACCCAUGUAUAUAUGUGACCUCUGUGAUAAAGGAUUUACAUCUAAGGGGUACCUUGAAAAGCACAGACUAAUUCACAUUGAUGAACGACCUCAUGUUUGUGGCGUUUGCUUUAAAGCCUUCACUCUGAAAACUAAUCUGCACAAGCAUUAUGCUACGCAUUCAUCAGUGAGGCCAUUUGGAUGUGAGGAAUGCGGGAAAAGGUUUAAACUGAAGGUUGGUCUGGAUCAGCAUUACUUAACUCAUUCAGACAGGAAACCUUAUGAAUGUGACAGUUGUAAUAAGGCUUUCAAGACCAAAGUUGCACUUGAUAAGCAUGAUUUGAAUAUACACGGUGGCGAAGAGCUAUGAUAUUGUGAGGAAAUAUUCUGAUUUUCUUUGCGUAUUUUGUCAGCUAUUACUAUGAAAGUAAAAUUGUUCAACCUGAAAAAUUAUAUUCUGAGUAUUUAAAUUUAUUUGAAGUGGUUUUCGAUAUUUUAAAGUGUUUCCCCUA